AUGUUCGAGCCAGCGCAUGUGACGCUCAUCGUCAACGGCGAAAAUUCGUCCGCUCAAGUAAUGACGGCUACCUGUAUGGACGAGAUUGCUGCCACUAUUGCCUGUACUUCUGUAUCGUCUGGAGAUGAAGCAUCGGCCAACGGUUCCGGUGAUCUCAGCAGUCGAACCUACAUUCGAAAGGCUGACCCACGAAAUCGAACGAUGACCCGUCGUACCUCACAUACGCUCCUUUUUGUACCCGAGCAACGACGGGUUAGCACUGUAUCCGGUGGUUCAGUGGCCAGUUGUCCUUGUCCGGUUGAACUUGGCGAAGACGUCAAUUUAGCUCCAUUGCCACCACCACGUUUCACACUUAAUCUUAGUCCUACGUCAUCACGUCGGAAAAGCGUGCAGACUGGAGCUCCCGCUAUAGGGUUUCGACCGUUAAGGACGUUCGAACGGCGAGCCAGUCAGCCGACACUUCAACUCGAGCUCUUAGCAAAAGUCGAAACUGAGCCACCAGAAGUGGACAAGUCGAAAAUGCUCAGUAAGCGUGUAAGCUGGCUCUCGAUGAAAAGCCUUCAAGAGGGAGAGAAGGCAUCUCGAAGAACGAGCUCACCGUCAAAAGCUGGUGGUAGUGGAGGUGGUGGUGGCGAUUCACGAACUGCCAGUCAGUACGGUAGCCAAACGCAGCUGUACGGUGAACAUGACUUCGACAGCGACACGCCACCGUUGGACACUUUGAGUUGGAGUAAUGCCGGUAACGAAUACGACAAUGUGACGUUAAUGUAUGCGAAGCACGAGAAGAUACCCAUGAAAGACUUUGGCUCAGAAAUUCGUGCCACAAUGGAUAUCGAUCAUUUACUGAAUAAAGCCGUCCUAUUGCUGGAUUUGCAGGAAACCAGCCUGGAGGAAAUCUUCGCCAAGUGA